AUGUCUUUGGAGAAGAAACUUGUUUACCCUUGGGUAGCUGAAAUCGAUGGAUCAGAUACUAGCGCCAUUUUUGAAGAGAUUAGGAACCCCGCAAUAUGUGAGUUCAAAACUUUCAUUCUUAGUGAGGUUGGAGACUUCCAAAUAUGGAUUGAACGCUUUGAGGAUAUCAUACUCCUAACAAAUAUGUACUGGUACCGGUUUUACAAAGCGGGACCCUACUAUAAGGAGGGCAUUACUGAUAUUUAUGAACGUCAUGUGAUCUCAAACUUUGAUAAUGCUAUGAUUCAAUUGGUGUUAAAAACUGUUAGCGCCAAAGUCAGAGAAUUGUGUGAUUCAUACUUGCAAUUUGGAGCACAUCACAAACAGGUAACUGUUUUUGGCCUGAUAGAUCAGAUAAGAUCUCACUACGAUAGAGAUAAUCCUCUGAUUACAUACAAAAGAUAUUAUGCAUGGUUGGGUCAUAUGAGCAAUAUAAGUAAUGUGGAGAGAGAACUAGAUAUCAGAAGACUGAUUACUGAUCUUUUGGAUGACAUGCCAGUAAUGGAACUAUCGGAUAAAUUAAGUUUCGAGGAACAAGCAAAUAAGCGUGCUGAAAUAUCGAAGUAUAAGAAUGACAUAAUAGCUUAUAUGACAAUUGCAACAACUCCAAAUAUAACAGCGGAUGGGAUAACGAGAGCUUUGAGAGAAAAAUUUGGCGAUUUUUAA